AUGGAGGACGAAAACGAAACAUCCAAGGUACACCUUACGAGCUCUGAACAUGAACAACUGAUCGAAGAACAAUCAGACGAGAUGUCCGCAGUCACCGAGACCGAGACUGGCGAGAUCAGAGCUACUGAUGCCUCAGGAAACGUUACUUCAGGAAGCGUAACUUCAGAGGAAGCUUUGUCUGACCUUGACUUGCGAUCGGACCAGAACUCCCCAUCCAACGAAAUUCACGACAUUGAAGUCACUCAGCACACCCCAGGUAGCGAUACUGCAGAGAACAAAUCUCAUGGAAUAGAGCUUCCCAAUUCGUCGGAUCUUGCCUUGCAGCUUCCCACGACAGAUAUUUCCGAGCUAGAAAUCUCCGAACCAGAAGUUUCCGAGCCAGAAGAUCCCGGAAACGCGUCCCUUGAAAUUGAAGUUACUCAACUUUCAGAGUCCUCAGCUGAACCUAUCGAAAUUGAGGUUCCUCAACUUUCCAGCCCUUCACCUGAACCCAUCGAAAUCGACGUGCCCGAACAAUCAAAAUCCCCACCCGAGUUACCCGAGCUACCCGACUCUGGACCGCAAGAUCACAGCGGAUCCGACGCAGACAACGAGUGUUCUGACGAAGAGCCCCCUCGAGCCCUUGGGGAAUGGCAACUCCGCCAAUUAGCAGAGAACGCACUUGAGAUUGCUUUGGACGUAUCCAUUCCGAAAUCAUCCCCAUCGCCAAGCGACUCGAACACAUGCAAACCGCGAACUCCGCUCCCCGAUCGAGUCUGGCACCCAUCAUCAACCGACCCAACGCGAGCGAACAAACCAAAAUGCCCGCCAUGCGAACGCAAGAAGAAGAGGUUUGAUUGUUUGGGAAGUCCGCCUUGUAAUGAAUGUAGCAAGAGAAACAUGACUGCUGAGCAAUGUGCUUCAUACGCACUGGUCAGGAGACGAGGAAAGAGAAGAUUGCAAGAUGAUGAUGGGAUGGUUACACAAAAAGCGGGGAAACGAGGGAAGAGAAGAUGA